AUGUUUGGCAACAGCGAGGAUGGACCCCGUGAUGAGCGCAAGAAGGGCAGCACCGAGAGAUUGAGACACCAUCAUUCGGGUCUGUGCCAAGAAAAAGCAAAUUAUCUGCCAGGCAGGCUGCUGUCCACUUGGCCACUAUACCGAGGUUGCUCAGGCAAUUGUGCCGUCGCAAUAACGAGCCAAGUCCCAAGGGCAAGCGAGCUGCAUGCCUUGCUCAAGCCCCUUGACCCUGGGCUAUCUGUCAAAUCUCUCUUGCUGGUCUGUCUGUCUCUGUCUCUGUCUCUCUCUCUCUGUCUGUCUCUCUCUCUCUGUCUGUCUCUCUCUCUCUCUCGUCUUGCUCAAGACAGACUAGCCAGAAGUCCCAAGCGAGCUUCCCUCUGUCUCUCUCUGUCUCUCUCUGUCUCACACGCAUUGCAUUACCCAAUACACCACCCAUCGUGA